AUUAGGCAAGGAUUAUGCUACUCGUCAAUUUUGCAUGCAUCACACAGAAAGUUGAACAAAUGUAAAUCAUUCCCGACACUGAGACCGAUCUGAACUCAUCACUCGAACAUUGACAAGAGAAUAAAGCCACAUACUCAUUUUAAUAUCAUUUGCAAAAGCGGAUAUGGAACCUUCUACCACUAACGAAUCGAAGGACUUGGUCGAGGGAAAUUUCGUCGACUUGCAUAGACUUCGAGGCCUUGGAGAUGAUCCAGUCUAUUAUCCCCCCAUUCUCGAAGACCGGCCUCGUCUCUGGCCCUUGGACAAGUGGUCCUCCGCCCCACGAGAUCUUGGCUACGACAAUUUCGCCACUGAACACUGGAAAGGUCUCCGUCUCCUGAAGGACCCCGAGACCCAGUCCGUCUACCACAACAUCCUGUGGGAAAUUAAGCCCAAAACCAUCAUCGAGUUGGGCGUGUACAGCGGAGGGUCGCUAGUUUGGUUUCGAGAUUUGACGAAAGCGUUUAAAUUUCCGAGUCGUCUGAUUGGAAUUGAUAUCGAUUUGUCGCGAUGUCAGAUACCCGAGGGUGAAAUGGACAUGAUUUCAUUGCACCAAGCCGACUGCAAUAAUCCAGAGUCGUUCGCCUUCUUGAAGGACAACGUCGAGCAUCCCAUUCUUUUCAUUGAUGACGCGCACUGCAAUACUUUUAACGUUAUAAAAUAUGCGGUCAAUAAUUUUCUAAAGGUUGGAGAUUUUGUGAUGAUCGAGGAUACGAUGGGGAUGUGGGGGAGGUACAGCCCAAAGCAUCUGAAGUCUCAUCUUGCCUCUUUCAAAGAUGUGAUGGCACUGGACUUGUUGUACUCCAAUGUUCCAUGUCAGCUCAAAGACGGUGUAUUUCAAGUGAUCAAGAGUAAUAAUUGAGCAUGAAACAAGUUUUAAGAAAUUUAUGACUUUGUUAAUGAUUGUUGCAUACAUAAUUGGUUAAUUAAUAAAUAAAUGAAGUAGUAAAAUAUAA